AUGAGAUUAGGUGACGCCUCCGCUAGGGGUCACCCCUCGCUGUCUCAGAUACCAUUUGCUGGUGGACCUCUGGCUGUGUUACAGCAAGAAAGGCGAGAGGAUCGACGAGUCUCUGGAGGACCACAGGUUUCCACAGGUGAUGAAAAACUUCGCGGGAGAAUCCGCGGUCGGGUUCAUGGCUCAUGUAUUUCUGUGGAGAUAGUUCGUGUCCCAGCGAAGGAAUUCUCUCGUCCCUCUCGGUGUGAGGGAGAUGAUCCUGGAUUCCGUAUAUAUAUGGAGACUGUGCAGUUAGCCGAGGCUUGGAAGGUCUCGUCACGGUUAAUAUCGUUAUCGCUUGAUUUCCUCAUCGACAACGCCAUAGCAGGGAGAUUUCACUUCAGUUAGAUUGAAUAUAAUAUAUAUCUAUAGAUGGAUAUUAUAAAUUCUCAAGGUGGAAUAUAAUAAUCCGGGGAAUCGUUAUACCUUCUGGUAUCAGUUUUGAUUCUCUUAUCCAAUUUCAAUGAUCGCGGCAUCAUCUGUCGAAUGAUUUCACAUUAAAAAAUAUUUUUUUCUCUCAUUAUUAACUAGACGUCUCUGAGAAUUGUGUAUAUUUUUGGUGAGUGGAUGAAUAAAUAAUUAAUGAGGUUUCAGUUGAUGACAUUCAAUGGAUUUUAUCGGCUUUUUUAUUUUUUGUGAAUGGAGCUUUUCAGUUGGCAACU